UGGAAAGAAAGUGAAAAUGACCUACUACGACAGUGUAAGAGGGUAUAUAAUCAAACGCCAAUUAGGGUUUUGACACUCUUUAGCACAGUCGCAGCCGGACCAAACCGAAGAAGAACCUUCUCAGAGUAAAGCAAUCUCCGUUAACUUACGUCAGCAUGGGGAGGCUCCACUCUAAAGGUAAGGGAAUCUCAGCAUCUGCUUUGCCGUACAAGCGCUCACCCCCGAGCUGGCUCAAGACAACCUCCCAGGAUGUUGAUGAGUCCAUCUGCAAGUUUGCAAAGAAGGGUUUGACACCAUCUCAGAUUGGUGUCAUUCUUCGUGACUCUCACGGUAUCCCUCAGGUGAAGAGUGUUACCGGAAACAAGAUUUUGAGAAUCUUGAAAGCUCAUGGUCUUGCUCCUGAGAUCCCUGAGGAUCUCUACCACCUGAUCAAGAAAGCAGUGGCCAUCCGCAAGCACCUUGAGAGGAACAGGAAAGACAAGGACUCCAAGUUCAGGUUGAUUCUUGUCGAGAGCAGAAUCCACCGUCUUGCUCGUUACUACAAGAAGACCAAGAAGCUCCCUCCCGUCUGGAAAUACGAGUCUACCACAGCAAGCACUCUUGUGGCUUAAGGAAUCAUAGAGCUGGUCAAAGUCUUUCAUGAACAUCCAUUUCAUUUCCAUUGCAACUCAAAAGUUCUAUGACAAUAGACUUUGUAUCUGUUUUUGAUAGUUUUGAUGAUUUUGAAUUUAAUGAAAACUCUCGUUGAUGUUUGGUUUCAUUUAUCUUAACGAGCUACAAAUUGGGCCUAGAA